AUGGUCCAUCGUCCUCGCAAUAGUGCCGUUUUUAUCCUCGUAUGCGAUACUAUUUUGGUCCUUGCAUCUAGCGUCAAUUUGAUCCUCGUCUCGUGUCGUCAUCCUUCUUCAUCUCCGUUCGGUAGUAUUCGCAUCCGACGUGCAAGACCUCUGUUGGGCGUUGGGCGUUCAGAACUAGAACCAGAACCCGGUGUUAUCAGUUCAUUUAUCAAGUACUUUGACGACUUCUUACCGGCCGAUGUUUCGUCGACAUCCCCGGGCAAUCAUCAUUAUCUCCAUCAAGUUGAGAUUUUCUAUCGAAUCUCCAUCUCCAUCUCUGUCCUCGACUCCAACUGGGGAAAGGGUUCGGCUUUAUGUUUCGAGCCCGGAUUGGCAAUGAUACCGUCAGCGAUAGCUUUUGUCUCUUCCCCUUCCAUCGCAAACUCCCCCCGCUCCAUCUCCAUAUCUAUGCUAUAUGCCCCGAUCAACUUCGACAUCUCAAUCGCCACUCAUACAUCAUGUAUCCCUCUACAUAUCUAGCUUGUAUCCAACAACAAUCGCAUUACCUGCUUAACAUGGGUAUCGCCGAUGUACGUCCUAUUUAACAUUGCAUGGAUCCUGAUAGUGAAGCUUAUCGCGCUCAUCUCUUACAGUGCAUUCGUCUCGUCACUGUACUGUAGUGCUGAGAGGAGCCA